GAAGUUUCUUCUGUGUCAGCACCAUUUGAAGGUGACAUAAUGAUCUUAAGCUCUUCAUGUUUGUGCAUUUUUCAUCAUAGGUGAUGUGGAAGGCCGUCGAGCGAGUUUUGGGAUCCGGUUUCAAUCGCGAGAAAUGUGAGGUGGCAUUGGUGGGAACACCAUUGACUCACAAAAGGUUUCUAAGAAGGCACAGAGGAACAUAUGGACCCGCCAUUAAAGCCGGCGAGAGCUCGUUUCCUGGUCAUUCGACGCCCAUUUCCCGUCUCUUCUGCUGCGGCGAUUCCACCUUUCCGGGCAUUGGAGUCCCUGCUGUUGCAGCCAGUGGUGCCAUAGUGGCCAACACUUUGGUUCCCUUGUCAAAGCACCAUGAGCUUCUCAAUGAGCUUGGAAUUUGAUC